GAGAGAGAGAGAGAGAGAAAGAGAAAGAGAAGCAGAGGAACGGAGCCACGGCGCGUGAGAGGAGCUGAUCUGAGACCGACGAAUGUGAUGAGGAUCGUCGCGAGCGCUCGACGACGCAGCAGCAGCACCGGCGGAAUCGCUCUCGGAUCGUAAAAGAAGACGGGGCGGGAAGGAAGAGAGAGGAGCAGGAGAGAGAGGGAGAGAGAGCUGCCGUUGUCGCUGGGGCGGCGGGAGAGAGCGAGAAAGAGAGAGGGGAGAGAGGGAAUGCACCUCUUCAGUGCCAUGUUUCUGCUGCUCAUGUUAGCUGCCCUGCCGUGCGAGGCCCUGUACCCGAGCCCGGAGGAGGGUUGGCAAAUCUACAGCUCGGCGCAGGAUGCAGAUGGGAAGUGUAUCUGCACGGUGGUGGCUCCAGCCCAGAACAUGUGUAACCGAGACCCUCGCAGCAGACAGCUCCGCCAGCUCAUGGAGAAGGUCCAGAACAUCACUCAGUCUAUGGAGGUGCUGGACCUGAGGACGUACCGGGACCUUCAGUAUGUCAGGGACACGGAGAACCUGAUGAAAACGGUGGAUGGCAGACUGAAGACUGCCUCUGAGAACCCUCGCAGCCUCAACCCCAAGAGCUUUCAGGACCUGAAGGACAAGGUGACUCAGCUGCUCCCCCUUCUGCCGGUGCUGGAGCAGUACAAGACGGACGCACGGAUGAUCCUGCGGCUCAGGGAGGAGGUGAGGAACCUGUCGCUGGUGCUGAUGGCCAUCCAGGAGGAGAUGGGAGCCUAUGACUAUGAGGAGCUCCGCCAGAGAGUGCUGCUGCUGGAGACCCGCCUGCACUCCUGCAUGCAGAAGCUUGGCUGUGGGAAGCUGACGGGUGUCAGUAACCCCAUCACCAUCCGCGCCUCAGGCUCCAGGUUUGGUUCCUGGAUGACGGACACUAUGAUCCCCAGCUCUGAUAACAGGGUGUGGUCGAUGGAUGGCUACUACAAGGGCCGGCGAGUGCUGGAGUACCGCACCCUGGGCGACUUCAUGAAGGGCCAGAAUUUCGUUCAGCACCUGCUGCCGCACCCAUGGGCCGGUACAGGCCACGUGGUCUACAACGGCUCCCUUUAUUAUAACAAGUACCAGAGCAACAUCCUGAUCAAGUACCACUUCCGUUCCCGUAGUGUCCUGGUGCAGAGGAGCCUGAGCAACGCUGGCUACAACAACACCUUCCCGUACUCGUGGGGCGGUUGGUCCGACAUCGACCUGAUGGCCGACGAGAACGGCCUGUGGGUCGUCUACACCACCAUCCCCAACGCGGGCAACAUCGUCAUCAGCCGCCUGGAGCCGCAGAGCCUGGAGGUGCUUCAGACGUGGGAUACGGGCUUCCCCAAGCGCAGCGCCGGCGAGUCCUUCAUGAUCUGCGGCACGCUCUACGUCACCAACUCGCACCUGGCCGGCGCCAAGAUCUACUUCGCCUACUACACCAACACGUCCACUUACGAGUACACAGACAUCCCCUUCCACAACCAGUACUCACACAUCUCCAUGAUGGACUACAAUCCGCGGGAGCGCGUGCUCUACACCUGGAACAACGGCCACCAGGUGCUCUACAACGUCACACUCUUCCAGGUCAUCAAGACCUCCGGGGACUGAGGUUCGGCCGGGGAAAUCGGGUUGCGCACACGCCUGAAAAGCAACAUCGCACACUCGCACACACACCACCACGUAUACACACAUAAACCCACACACUGACGAGGAGGAGGAGGAGGAGGACGGGACUAAAGCUUAGACUUUUUUUUUACAUUUCGAUCUUCAUAGAGUGCUAUUAUUCACGACAUACCGAGAGAAACAUGGACUGAGCUUUUGCCUCUUCUUUUUCCUUUUCUGUGAUGAGUCAGCAUGAUAUACUUCUCUUUUUAUUUGUGACGAGAAAAAAAGAAAAAAUGAAUAAACGUCGACCUUUAACGUUU